AUGACUUUGGAACACAGCGACGGUCGUAAGUAUGAGCCAGCUGGUCUGGAUUUUGAUCAGUUUGACACCCUUGCCUUAUACAAUUCUUUCUCUGUUCUCCUGACAGCCUGUUUCCUAGCCCUGUGGAUUAUUCCGGUCCAAGCAAGCAGGGUCCGUAUUGUGUCUAUCCCGGAGACCCCCGCCGAAGGCCAGAGAGUCACUUUCUCUGUGGAAAGAGUGCAAGGCGACAUCCGUGAGGUCAAGUGGUACCGAGGGACGGACUCCCAGGAGUCUUCAAGGAUCUUCACCUUUUCCCCCGGAAGCUAUCAACCUCAGGAAAACGGGGCUCAAUUUACCAACAGAGAAUUUGGUUUCCACAACGGAUCUCUCCAGAUCACUGGGCUGAAGCCCAGUGACUCCGGCCAGUAUAACGUUGUGAUUACACUGCGGCCCCAAGAAAUUCUCAAAGCCUCCAUUGAGCUCCGGUUGGGUACAACACCUGGGGCCACGUCAACCACGGUUACCACAGCAACCACGGUGACCACAGCAACAACCACAGGGACCUCACCCCUUAAGGAAGUUCCCAAGGAGCCUUCAAACUUGGGCUGGAUCGUGGCCGGAGUGCUUGUCGGCGUUUUGCUAUGCGGGGCACUGGUAGCCAUUAUGGUUUACCGGUUUGUUUUACGGAAAUCGGAACCCAGCACAGGGGUAAUAGGAAAAUUGGAUCCAGCAGCAAUAAUAUCACCUCCAUCUAAUCAUGAUGACAAGGACCCCAUUUAUGAUGUGGUGGAGUCUCCAGUGGAAAUACCGGAGGAUCCGCUCCCGAUGUCUGUCCCUCUUCCGCCUCUUGCAGGAACUUGCCCCAAGCUGGACUCAAACUAUACGGAUUUACUCUAUAAAGCCGAUUCUGUUUACUCUGAAAUCAAGAGACCAUAAUACUAUUGCUGAGAGAUUCCUAAUUCUUGUGUCAUCUUGGAUAAUGGCCUAUCCAAAAAUGUUGGGAUAAAAACCAUAUACUGCCAUCCAAAUAUUUCUAUCUUUAUGGGAUCGAAGACUCUUCCUCUGCCAGACUGCGAAUACAGAAAAUAACCUGGCAUUAAAUCCAGAUUU